AUGCAGAAGAUGGAAAGACCCCGCCGUGUCCAUGCGGCGAACGUCGAUGGUCCACUCAUCCCGCCUUUCCCGCACUCGCGCGUCCCACGCGCAUCGCCGGAUCCCUGGUACCUCUGCCCAGACCUCGAGUCUGGAGGACUUGAGCUCAAAGCAUUCAUGGCAGAAUCAGACACUCAAUCAGCUCACGAGGCGGAUGGGGAAGGGGAAGCCACAUGGGCGGGGGACUAUGACCCAUUCUCCGAUGAUGGAGAGCGGCGAAGCCUUUUUGCCGCGCUGGAUUCUUUCCGACAGUAUCGGCGAACAAUGCACCAAAUGGUGACGCAUCGGCGUCGUCAAGCGUUCUAUGCCUUACCCUCGGAGCACUGGCAGAUGCUCUCGCAGCCACCUUUUUCUUUUCUGGACACCUUGAACCACGUCGAUGAUGCGAUUGACACUAACGCUGAACUCGCCGACGCCAUUCUCGCUCUGGGUCUGGAGUCCUUUGGGCUCCAGGCCGAUCCACCCAAAGACGACCCUCUCUGUUGGCACGACACAGCUACUGCGUCCGACGUUACCAAGGCCUCCUCCACUAUUCACCAAUUUUUCCGGGACUGGAGCGCAGAAGGCGCUGCGGAGCGAGCCGUUUGCUAUGAGCCUGUCCUUCGGGAUCUCCACACCGAAUUUCAAUCACGCCGAGACGCAGGGGAGGAGAUUCGGGUUCUAGUGCCGGGCGCCGGCCUCGGCCGACUCGUGUUCGAGACCUGUCUAGCUGGGUACAGUGCAGAGGGUAAUGAGAUCUCGUAUCACCAAUUGUUCGCGAGCAGCUGGGUCCUCAAUCACACCGCGGGUCCUGCCGCACAUGCUGUGCAUCCUUUUGCGGGCAAAUUCUCCAAUCUCCAGAGUCGGGCGCAGCAACUGCGGAAGGUCAUGAUACCCGAUGUUCAUCCUGGCGUGGCGAUGGCGAAAGCGGCCGAGACGCAGACUCCCUUGGGUUCGAUGUCGAUGGCGGCCGCUGACUUUCUGGUCCUUUACAUGGAAUCGAGUAACCGAGAGUCCUUUGACGCCGUGGCCAGUGUCUUCUUCAUUGACACCGCCCCCAACAUCAUCCGGUACAUUGAGACCAUCUAUCAUUGUUUGAAACCUGGGGGUUUGUGGAUCAAUGUGGGACCACUCCUCUGGCAUGUCGAAAACGGACGCCCACGUGCGGACGAGGACGAGGAGGACACCUCAAACGGGAAUAAAGACACCAAUCAGACGUCCCCGGGCAUUGGCGAAGGUGGUAGCGUGGAGCUGAGCGAGGACGAGGUGCUGUGCUUGGUGGAGCGCAUGGGCUUUUGCAUCGAGAUACGACCGGGUAAUCGGCAGCCAUGCGGCUAUAUCCAAGACCCGGAUAGUAUGCUUCAAAAUCUGUAUCAACCAUCACAUUGGGUGGCCCGCAAGAUCGUCAAAUAG